GCUAGUCUAGUAGGUCUUCAUUGAGUAUUACCAUCAUUGGAGAGAGAGACCAUAUCAAAGGGCAGGCACAACCAUGGGGUUCAAACGGUCCAUUAAGCCACAAACUUCCAUGCGUACAUCGGUGAAGGUGCAUAAGUUGACGACAGAAGAUGCAAUGAAUUACAUUCUUACCAUCAAGAAUAAAUUUUUGCGUCACCCUGAGAAGUUCCAUGCAUUCAUACACACCAUGAUUGAUUUCUCCAGGGGCAGGAUUAACACUCAUACUGUUAUUGAACGUGUGAAGAUCCUUUUUGAUGGGUAUCCUGAUCUACUCCUUGCAUUCAACAAGUUCUUGCCAAGAGGCAUAAAUGCAAUAUGAUGAAGAAUUUUGUCUAAAUAUGUUUCCUCGUUUAAGGCUCAAGCUCACUAGCUAUAAUAAAUCUUUGAUAACUUUAUGAGUUGGUUUACUCAUCUAUUUUAAUUGAAUAAUUUAGCAAUGCUACAUUUGUUCUUAUCGUACUUGUCUAAGUACCUAAGUGCCGACUAUAUUUUGGAGUGCUGUUAUUCUUAUUUU